AUGAACAACUUUUCUGACACAAAACCUGGACUUUAUCCGACAUUACCAGCUGCAGAGCCCGAUGCUCGUGCGUCGGACGCGUGUGAGCCCAACAGCCGUGAUCCACACGGAAUCAAUACACAUCUCCAGUUAGAUUUUUAUCGCGUCAUCGGUGAACCCGAUCGAAGUGCUUAUAGUUUCGCAUUAUUACAUAAAGGUGCCAGCAAGGUCUAUCACUACAGUAAAGUGAUUAUCUAUCGUUUCCUAACAAUUUUUGUUGGUUUGCCUUUGAUGUUGAUAUGGGGUCUUAUUUUUGGUACAUAUACAUUUGCUAUGAUUUGGAUUUUGACACCAGUACGUCGUUUAAGUAUAUCAGCUAUAGGUGAAAUUGGUGUUUACAUUCAAGCAAUAUGCGAUGCUGUUAUAGCUCCUGUUUUUCGAUCAAUGGGACAAAUAUAUUCAAGUGUUCAUACAACAAUUUCAACCCGACAAUUAGAAGCAGUCAAACAAAUUCAAGUAUAA